AUCUAGAAUCCUUGUGCUUGAAUCGAAUCGAAUCGAAUCGAAUUCAUUUCUGUGUGGAGAUCUGAUGUUUAAUGGCGGAAUCUUGGGACGGAACUCUUUCUUCAACUGAAUUCUAUGUUGCAGCUUCCGCUUUCGCCCAACAAUGGAGAAAAUUCAACUCCUCUCUUCCGCACUGGUCAUGGCUUCCUUCCCCAAAUCGACCACCCUGGAUUUUCCACGACAACCAAUUUAUUGUGAAAUUUAAGGUGGGAUAUUUAUGUGUGGAACGUGUAAUUCUUCCCAGGUUAUCUGAGGAAAGUUCUAAUAAAGAUGAUGAUCAGAUAGAGAAAGAAGAUUGUAAUAGCGAAUACGAAGAUGAGUUCGUUGAUACUGCUGUACUCGUCCAAAGAGAUGGUCGUGGAGAACACCGCUACGACUUCCACGUCGUUUAUAGUGCUUCUUAUAGGGUUCCGGUGCUAUACUUCCGUGCUUAUUGCAAUGAUGGGCAGCCUCUGUCAUUAGACGACAUUGAAAAAGAUAUCCCGGUUAACUCAGCAGAACUGAUAACUCGGUCCAAGUGGACAUUUAUGACUCAGCAGGAGCACCCGAUACUCGAUCGGCCGUGGUAUACACUGCAUCCUUGUGGGACAAGUGAAUGGAUGAAGCUGCUGAUAAAUUCCGAUGCUUCGAUUGCUCAAAAUCCGGUAACUGUAGAGAAAUAUAUGGUUUCGUGGUUUUCAGUAGUCGGACAGGUCUUUGGUCUUAAAAUUCCUUUUGAGAUGCUUGAUUUUGCUGCUACAUAAUAAUCGACAUUAGGGUUUUUUCGUUCUGGAAUAUAUGAUACAUUGUUCUUGAAUUUUGUACGUAAUGUAGAUGAAAAAAAUUCUUUAUUUCGGAAUACAGAAUGAAAAAAAAAAUAAAAAAUCGUUCCAAUAUCGAAAAAGUACAUGUCGAAAUCAGCAAUUUUCGGAAUUCCCGUUCCAAUUUCCAUCCCCUACAAUUAGCUACAGUAGCUACUACAGAUUCUGUUGAAUAUUUAUCGGUGCAUGAAUAAAGCAGUUAUUAUGUU